GACUGUUCGCCGCGCGGCUUCGUGGCGAAGGAAGGCCUGGUCCCUCGAAGGCUCCGGCGGGGCGUGCCUGCCGUCAGCGCCUGCUUUUGUGAAGGGCCGGCGGCCCUCCCUGGAGCUGGGCUGCGGUUCUCUGGGCGAAGCGGAGGGGAAGAAGAGCAGCAGGGUCAGGCUCGGGAGGCUGCGGCCCCUGCUUUAACGAAUCCCCGUUGAACUCCUUGUUUAAAUCCGGGCAUUAACGCGCGCAGCUUUGGCUUUAACACUUUAGUCUUUCGCCCUGGCUUGAAUUGCGUGUAAAAGGAACUUAUCGUAGGAUUGCGGAGCUGAAAAGGGACCCUGAGGAUCAUCUAGUCCAACCUCCUCCCCCACCCCGCGAGACAGGAAUAUGCAGUUACCCCAUACGGGGAUCGAACCUGCGACCUUCGUGUUUUCAGCACUAGGGCUCUAACCGACUGAGCUUUGAAUGGGCAAGCAGCAGUAGUCAUGUCCAACAAGGAAGUGAAAGCAGCAUUGAAAAGUGCCAGAGAUGCUAUAAGGAAUAAGGAGUACAAAGAAGCACUGAAACACUGCAAGGCAGUAUUGAAACAGGAGAAGAAUAACUACAAUGCCUGGGUAUUCAUUGGUCUGGCAGCUGCGGAGCUAGAACAACCCGAUCAAGCCCAAGGUGCCUACAGAAAAGCUGCUGAACUUGAACCAGGGCAGUUGCUAGCAUGGCAAGGCUUAGCAAAUUUAUAUGAAAAAACAAACCAUGCAGAUGUCGGAGAAGAUUUGGUUAAUGUGUAUCAGAAACUCCUGGAACUCUAUGAAAGCACUGAUAAACAGAAAUGGUGUGAAGUAUGUAGAAAGCUUGUGGAGCUGUAUCAGCGAGAGAGAAAAUACCUUCAGGUGGCUCGGACGUGGCAGAAGCUAAUAAAAAUACGACAGGAAGAAGGUGCAGAAAAAGCUGAGCUUCAUCAGUUAUGGAAGAGGUUGGUUCAGUUACUGGAAGAAGGCACACAUCUCCAGGAUAAUGAGACUCAGCAACUGCUCCUCAAUGCAUUUGAAGAGGCUGUGAAUUCCUCAGACCCAAUUCCAAGUGAAGAGCAUCAAAAGACUUACAGAGAGUUCAUUCACUGUUUGUCAAAAUUUCCUCAUGAGGAUUUCAGACUGAAGAAGGCAUGUGAAGAUAUGAUGAUUUUGUAUCCUGCUGCAAGUUAUCCUCUGGAAGUUCUUUGCUUGCGAUUCAUUCAAUCAGGCAGUUUCACUGAUGAGGCCCUGAAUUGUUGUCGGAAGCUGUUGGAUAUUGACUCAAGAAGUGGCCCAGCCCUUAUUGGAUUAGGGAUUCAAUCUCUCCAAGAAAAAAAAUACGAUGAAGGUGAAAAAAAGCUAACAGAAGGUUUGCAGCAGACCAGCCAGUGUCCGGAAGCAUGGUGUUACUUAGGAAAGGCACAAGUGAAAAUGCAUAAAUACAAAGAAGCUGUUCUUUCUUGCAAUCAAGCUUUAAAGAUAUUGGGACAACUUAAUGAAUCCAGUUCCAGUCAGCAGCAGAGAAACCUUGCUCAUCGCUUCAAAGCCAUGGCCUUGAUUAAAAUCCCAGGUGUCGACUCUGCAAAAGAAGCUAUAAGUUCCCUUGAACAGGUUUUGGACAGAAACAAUGAUCCCAAGCUUAUAGCUCUUAAAGGAGAGGCCUGCCUCAAUAAAGGGCUUGUUGAUGAAGCUUUGAAGAUUGCACAGGAGCUUAAACAGACCCACCCAGACUUAGCAGAAGCUGACUACCUUGAAGGUUUGAUUCAUUAUCAGCAAAAGAACUAUCAUCAGGCAGAAGCAAGUUUCCAGAGAGCUAUUGAAAAAGAAGCGGAAAUAGCUGACUUCCAUUUCUGCCUGGGCCUCACUUAUUGGUUUAUGAGUGAAGAAACAAGAAAAAAUAAAUCCAAAGCUCUUACUCAGUUUCUGAAGGCAGCAAAACUGGACAAUUACCUGGGAAGUGCUUUCCACUACUUAGGUCAAUACUACAGGGAUAUAGCUGGAGAUAAAAACAGAGCACUUGGCUGCUAUAAAAAGGCUUUUGAAAAAGAUAAAACAGAUGGAGAAGCUGGAGCAGCGGUAGUGGACUUAAGCACCGAGCUUGGAGACUUGCAAACUGCCCUUGCCAUCUUGACGGAGGUAACAGAACGAGCAAGUGCUGGGAGAGCAAAAUGGGCCUGGCUUCGUCGUGGACUUCACUACUUAAGAGCCGGUCAACAUUCACAAGCAGUGGCAGAUUUGCAGGCAGCUCUGCGAGCAGAUCCAAAGGAUCCCCACUGCUGGGAAUCUCUAGGAGAGGCCUAUCUGAGCAGAGGCGGCUACACAACUGCACUGAAGUCUUUCAGGAAGGCCAGAGAACUGAACCCCAAGUCUAUAUAUAGCAUCUAUAAGGCAGCAGCAAUUGAACAGAUUCUAGGAAAAUAUAAGGAUGCUAUUGCAGAAUAUCAGCACAUCUUGACGAAAUCAAAGGAUUAUGUCCCUGCGCUGAAAGGUCUGGGAGAGUGUUAUCUCAUGAUGGCCAAGACUGCCCUUGCUGAUUACCUGGAUGGGAAAGCCCUGGACUACACAGAACAAUCUCUUGGCUUUUUAGCAAGAGCAGCAAAGCAUCGUCCUGAAGUAUCUUGCCUUUGGAAACUGCUUGGAGAUGCCUGUAGCAGUGUUUCUGUCAUUUCGCCAUCCAAAGUGAAUGUGAAAGUUUUAGGAUUCCUUAUUGGUCAGAACACAGACAAAUGUGUGCUAAAGAAAAGUGACCUGCUCAGUCUGGGAGGAAGGUGUUAUGGUAGAGGAUUAAAACUGAUGUCUUCGCCAAAUACGUGGUGUGAUCUUGGGAUAAACUACUAUCAUCAAGCACAGCAUCUUACGGAAAUGGGCAGUAACAAGAAUGAGAUUAGUGAGCUGCUAGAGAAAUCUGUACAGUGUCUUAAAAAAUCUGUGAGGCUAGACAGUAACAACCAUCUAUACUGGAAUGCUCUGGGCGUGGUGGCCUGUUGCAAAGGUGUUGGAAACUAUGUCCUUGCACAACAUGCAUUCAUCAAAUCUAUUCAAUCUGAACAAAUUAAUGUUGUUGCGUGGACCAAUUUGGGAGUCUUGUACUUAACAACUGGAAACAUAGAGCAAGCACAUGAAGCCUUCAAAGUAGCUCAAUCCUUAGAACCCUCCUAUCUAACAUGUUGGAUUGGGCAGGCGCUCAUUGCAGAAACUGUAGGCAGCUAUGAAACGAUGGACCUCUUCAGGCAUACCACUGAACUCCGCAUGCAUACUGAAGGCGCUAAAGGUUAUGCCCACUGGGUGUGCUCAACCCUGCAAGACAAAACCAACCGAAACACUGAAUUGUAUAAGUACAAUAUUCUUCAAAUGAAUGCUAUUCCAACAGCACAGAUUGCUCUGACCAAAUACACAGAAAGAAUCCAAAAUGAUGCAUGUGCCUUCAUAAUGCUUGGUUAUUUGAAUGAAUAUCUCCAGCUGAAAAAGCAAGCCGUAGAUGCCUACCAAAGGGCAGUUCUGCUGUUGAAAAAUUCUGAAGAUAAAGAGAAAUACUGUAUAGCAAUGAGAAAUUAUGGCAGAGCACUGUGUGCUCUAGGUCAUUAUGAUGAUGCCAUCCAGGCUUACUUGUUGACUCGUCUCACAGAAUUUGAUGAUAUUUUAGGAAUUGCCCAGGCUUACUUCAAGAAAGGACAUUUCCAAGAAAGUCAGAAGGCUUAUGAGAGAGCACUCUCUGUUGCCGAAUGUGAGCAAGACAAAGCCUAUAUCCUAACGGCCCUUGCAAUAAUGGAGUACAAGCAGGAUCAAGUGGAUGAUGCGAAAACCCUCUUAUUUAAAUGUUCUAUAUUACAGGAACCUAAUAUAGGAAGUCUGCAAGCUCUGUGCGCUUUAGGGCUGAUAAAGCAGGAUGCUACACUUGCAACGGCAGCUCUGAAAGAAUUAUUAAAGCUAGCAGAAAGAAAGGAUGAUGUUUAUGAGAGGUGCCUUCUUACAUCAGCUGUCUAUGCAUUACAAGGCAGAAAUCUGGCUGUUCAGAGACAAGUUUCAAAAGCUGUUCACAGCAACCCAGAUAGUCCUGCCCUGUGGUCUCUCCUGUCCCAACUGGUACCUCGGUAUACACCACAAAAUGCAAAGGGUGGGGCUGCUGCAGGAACUAUUGCUCAUAUUCACGAUUUAAACCACGGAAAGAGAGCCUUGCUGAACACUGCAGUUAAUCAGUUGGCGUUAGGAUGCCACAUAGCUGAAAGUAAAAAGAACAAUCCAUUGAAGAAUAUCCAAAAGGCAGUCCAUCUUUCUCCAGAUAACCCUGCUUCUUGGGCUGUGCUCCUGGCUGCUUGUCAUGCUGAAAACACCAUUGUUUGCCUGCAUAAUACACAACCCAAGAGGACAGAUUUGGAAAAAACGAUUGUAGCUACAAUCUCAGCUAAAAUCAAAGAUAAGGAUCUUCCAACUUCUUAUGCCCAAGCUCUUGAAGAAUGGUCUCUUUUCCAAGCUGUUACUAGCUUAAAUGAGACAGGUAGAACUUCGGAAGCUGAAGCGCUCUGUACAAAGGGAUUGAAAAUUUUCCCUGAGCAGCCAACUUUAUACUUGCUUUUAAGGCAAGUUCAGUGCAAACCACUUUGGCAGUCUCACAAAGAGCUUCCUGAUGCAAUCUUGGAAGAGCUCCGGAAGGCAGUGAUGUCCAACUCUACUUCAGUUACAGCUUGGCAUUGGUUGGCUCAAGUGUACCAGUCACAGGGAAUGAUGGUUGCAGCAGAGAUGUGUUACCGAAAAAGUCUGCAACUGGCAUCUCAGCAGGGCCACUGGAGUGGAAAGCUCUCUAGUCUACUAAGGCUUGCUAAGCUUGCCCUGGAAAUCUGCAUGGGUAAUAUUUCAAAUGAUCACUGGCCAUCCCUGGUUCAGGAAGCCACAACAGAAGCUUUGAAGCUUUCCUUCUGUCCGUUGGGUGUUCUGUUGCAGGCGCUUCUGCAGUACAACCGCAAAAUGGGGUCAAGGGAAACUCGCCGCAUGCUGGAAAGAGUGGUGUAUCAACCUGGGUAUCCAGAAACCGUCGCAUCAGUUGCCCGGUGGUAUCUAUUAAGACACUUGUAUGCCAAAGAUGAUUAUGAAUUAAUAGAUGCUCUUGUAGCAAAUGCCAAAGCUAAUGGAGAUGUUCGAGCUUUGGAGCUAGACAAGAAACUCUCAGCGGCAGCAGCAUCCUAGUGUCAUUUUCACUGGGAGAUUGACAGAUGGAAGCCCAUGGCAAUAACAUCCACUUAGCAAUUGUUCUUUAAAAGUCAAGGUUCCUGUUUGUUAAACAAUUAGGAUCAAUGUUCCAACAUAUUUUAAAAGGAGUCUGUCAUUAAACCAGUUGAAAAUCAGUGGAAGUUUGUUUUGUGCUCAACUGAAUCUACCUUUUGCAUGAAAGAUUCCAGCAGAUGUCUAUGGACUUGGGAAGCACAGAGUAAAACAUUGUUUCUGUCUGAUGAAGAGCCUGAUAAAUAUUUCCACGAAUUAAGCAAAUACGAGCUGAGAAAUUACCAAACCCUAUACUAUAUUGCACCAAAGCUUUUGCCAAUUUGCAUAUGUAUCAGUAUCUCUUUUUUGCUAUUUAGAGGUGAACCUUGGCGCACCUUCUCAGGCAUAGGAAAUAAUAUUAGUUUGGUGGUGUUGAUGAUUAAAUGUGUAUAAUGUGUUGAAACACAUGCAAAAUGUUUGUUUUGGAAUUUGCAAUGCUGCUUCUACAGUUCAGGGCCAUUUGAUGAUUGCAAUAAGACAUAACUUUGUUCCAUUGCUAGCAAUUUUCACAUGAAAUUUAAAAUAAUGCAUUUACUCUUCUGUUGGCACUGAACUUCUGCAUCAAGGAUAUCUUUCAGAAUGUGAUCAAGUACUGGAACAAUCUGCAAAUAUCCAUGUCCUAGCAUAUGUUGCUUGGUUUUGAUUUCUGGGACAGAAAUCAAUUGCCACAAAGAAAAACUUCAGUUUUGUUCCUUAACUUCCUGCAUAAUAAUCUUUUUUGUAAGAAAUUGUUAUUUGUAUAAAAUGUUUUUAUGAAUGGUGUGAAACUAGUAGAGACUUCUGGGGCACCAGGGACAAGUCUGUUCCGAGUCUGGUUGCCUAGGAAUGUACCCCAAAGUGAGUGGAAACCUUCAUCUAAGGCUGAAUUUGUAUGGGGGGGGGUUGAGAAUGAAAAAAGAUGUUAUGUUCAUUCUUUGAUUCUAUUUUCAGAUGGCUGGUUUUUUUGUUUUUUUUACAAAUGUCAGGUUUCUUUAAAGCAUGAAGUCAAUGUCUUGAGGCUAUAAUUGGAAGUGAACUGACAUGGGGCUGGGGAGAGGGGUUUUUCAGCAUCUUGGUUCUCUAAUGAAAUUCUUCCUACAGCGGCUUCUAUCCUCUGUAGAGAGAAAAAAUUCAGGUACCUGCACUUUGUUCAAGCAAGACUAGACAGUAGCUGGAAGCUGUGUGUAUGUAUUUUCAGCAGAAUGAUGGCGCACAGGGGAAAGCUUAAGAAAUUUCUACCUCCAUGCCAGUCUACCACUUCAUGUUGCAAUCUCAGAGAUUGUGUUGGGGGUGUGUGUGUGGUUUUUUUUAAUAUAUAUAUAUUAGAAUUAAGCCUUUGUUUCAAAUAUUCUGGAGAAUUCCAUUUUUGACUCAGAUGCAUCAGAUUCUACAUGGUUUAGGCCUGUACUGAUUGUGGGCUUUUAUAAUUAAUAUCAAUGUUUUUGCUUAUUAUUUUACUGAAAUCAUUCUAUGUGUUGGUUUAUACGCCAUUACGAUGUGAUGAUAAUUGCAGUAAAUCUAAACACUUGGGAUUUCUCAGUG